AUGGCCACCUACGCGCCCAAUACGCCCAUCGAGCUGAUCACGGUGGACCUGUCCAAGCCGGCCUCGGAGCAGAGCCCGCCGCUGCACAACCGAUGGCACCCUGACAUCCCCGCGGUCGCGGAGGUCAAGACGGGCACGCUCUUCCGAGCGGAGUCCAUUGAUUGGACGGGCGGCCAGAUCCUCAACAACGACAGCGCGGACGACGUCGCCAACGUGGAACUGUCCCGGUGCCACCACCUGACGGGGCCCAUCCGCGUGGUGGACGUGGAGUCCGGCGAGCCCGCCAUGCCGGGCGACCUGCUGGUGGUGGAGCUGUGCGACAUCGGGCCGCUGCGCGGCCACGAGUGGGGCUACACGGGCAUCUUCUCCAAGGACAACGGCGGCGGCUUCCUGACCGAUCACUUCCCGGAGGCCGCCAAGGCGAUCUGGGACUUCACGGGGAGGAUGGCUUCCUCGAGGCACAUCCCUGGCGUGGAGUUCCCCGGACUGAUCCACCCCGGGCUGAUCGGCACGGCGCCCUCUCACGAGCUGCUGGAGAUCUGGAACGCGCGGGAGGGCGAGCUGGUGGCCAACGGCCCGGAGGCGCUGACGCUGGGCAAGCACCUGCACACCCGGCCACUGGCGUGCCUACCCGAGCCCAAGAACGCGCUGCUGGGGGCGGUCAAGGAGGGGGAUCCGGCGUACGAGAAGAUGGCGGCGGAGGCAGCCAGGACGAUUCCCGGUAGGGAGCACGGCGGGAACUGCGACAUCAAGAACCUGACCAUCGGGUCCAAGGUGUACCUGCCGGUGUUCGUUGAAGGGGCGAACCUGAGUUAUGGGGACAUCCAUUUUUCCCAGGGUGACGGCGAGGUGUCGUUCUGCGGCGCGAUCGAAAUGUCCGGGUACAUGGUCAUGAAGACGGAGAUCAUAAGGGGCGGUGCGAGCAAGUAUCUCAAGCCCAUCGGACCCUCCCCGCUGAACGUCUUCCCGCUGUUCGAGAUCAGCCCCCUGGAGCCCCUGUUUUCCGAGUGGCUUGUGUUUGAGGGCCAGUCGGUGGACGAGGAAGGCAAGCAGCACUUCUUGGAUGCCUCCAUCGCAUACAAGCGUUGUGUGCUGCACGCCAUAAACUACCUCUCGCAAUUUGGCUGGUCCAAGCAGCAGAUUUACCUUUUGCUGUCUUGCUGCCCGUGCGAAGGGCGGAUAUCUGGCAUCGUCGAUGUGCCCAACUGCUGUUGCACGCUGGCGGUGCCUACACGGAUUUUCAAGGACGUGGAUGUGCGCCCAAGCAAGGAUGGUCCCCCAGUCGGGCCACAGCUCGUUACACGGGCAGACUGUGCAACAUGA